UUAACAACGUCCCACGUACAGCUCCGUUCACUCUAACAAAAGAGAUUAACAUAACUUAAACGGUGAACACUGAAGAAAAUGUGAAAACCAUGAGAGUGGAUAUUGAUAUUGUCCUUAGUGAUACGCCCGAGAACCUCACUCUCGACUUCAGAGAUCUAUCAACUUCAAUGUAUCUAACGGAUUAUUACGUCAACAGAAGCUUCGAAUUGAACGAAACGACCAAUGAUUUGGUCUAUACAAAUCAAUUCGAAGGCGAUCCUGUCGUAGUAUUUCUUAUUAUCCUAAAAUGUGUAAUAAUGCUCUUUAUUAUACUGGCUGCUAUAUUCGGGAAUCUACUGGUCAUUGUAUCUGUAAUGAGGCAUAGAAAACUGAGGGUUAUUACCAACUAUUUUGUAGUAUCUCUUGCGUUAGCUGACAUGUUGGUUGCUAUAUGGGCGAUGUGCUUUAACUUUAGCGUGGAAAUAACCAACGGGAUAUGGCUCUUUGGCUACUUCAUGUGUGACGUCUGGAACUCUUUGGACGUUUACUUCUCCUCGGCAUCGAUACUCCAUUUGUGCUGCAUCAGCGUUGACCGGUACUACGCCAUCGUACAACCGUUGGACUACCCUCUGAUUAUGACGACCAGUAAACUCGGGAUCAUGUUGGCAGUCGUAUGGUUCAGUCCAGCGUUGGUAUCCUUCCUACCGAUUUUCAUGGGUUGGUACACCACACACGAACAUCUGGACUUUAGGAAAAGACAUCCGAAAGUGUGCAGUUUUACUGUGAACAGAGUGUAUGCAGUGAUAUCGAGCAGUGUCAGCUUUUGGAUACCGGGGGUGAUAAUGCUUUUCAUGUAUUAUCGCAUAUAUGUGGAAGCAGAUAGACAGGAGAGGAUGUUGUAUAGGAGCAAAGUAGCAGCGCUUCUGCUGGAUAAGCACCUGCAGAUCAACGGCAUCUCGGUGGGCGAGGUGAUGCGCGAGAGGCAGAGCAUCCAGAUGCAGCCGAUGGCCAGCAGCAAGAUGAAGAGGGAGCGGAAGGCGGCGCGGACGCUGGGCAUCAUCAUGAGCGCCUUCCUCGCGUGCUGGCUGCCCUUCUUUUUAUGGUACAUAAUAACGGCGCUAUGUGGCGAGGCGUGCCCCUCCCCCCCACCGGUGGUAGCCGCCGUGUUCUGGGUGGGAUACUUCAACUCUGCGCUGAACCCGCUCAUCUAUGCCUACUUCAACAGAGACUUCAGAGCCGCCUUCAGGAAGACCCUGGACUCAUGCUGCAGGUCGAUAUGCGGCAACUUCGGCCGCCGCUACUGCCAACAGUUUCCCCGUCGGGAGCAGCAUCACUCCAACGUAUCAUCUGACAUGCAUCUAAACAACUGUCUGAAGUCAACGUCCGCAGAUGUUCUGCGAGCGCACCAACCUUCAUGCUCCAGGCCUGAAGACAUCGCUAUACGCACUUAAAUGACAAGGUUGUAAAUAGAAUUUUUCUCAAGAUUAAAGGUAGCAUUUGUUUCUUGGCGACACAAGCAGGUCGUACGACCCGGUCUCGUUCGUAGGUCGCGGUUGCUAAGAACCGAAUGCUAAGCUACAUUUAGGGUGAGGCCAAAAGAGCGUAAUUUUGUGAGUUGUCAGUCGCGUAAUUUUGGUAUCAGAAAUUCGCGUGUAAGUUGUUGUAACACAACUCAUUUUGCGACGCCUUGUGGCAUGAACUGGAUUUUUGUAUGAAACCGAAUGCAAUAGAAAUUACGCGAUUUACGCGAAAAUUACGCUCAUUUGGCCUCAGAGGUAGCAUUGUACAUAUAUUUUAGAUAUCACUAAAUGUAAGUCGUGACGUCAUCGUAUUUAGUAAAAUAUAAUACAAUAACAUACUUUGAAUGUG